UACUACCAGCUGCAGCAGCUGCUGUGGCGUCUUCAGCUGCCGCUGCAUCUGCUGCAGCAGCAGAGGCGAGGCUAAGAGCCUUGGUCAGCAAGCAAUCUCCUCAGAGCGGCGCCUCCACUGCUUGUCCAAAUGCUGAUGCUGCUGCCGUUGUUACAUCUACAGUUACACCUGGUGUUACACCUGCAGGCGCCUCUUCAGCUGGCCGACUGGUGGACGAACAGAGAGUGGGGAGGAAGCAGAGAGUAGAGGGGCGGCAGGAUAGGGCCCAGCAGCAGCAGACAGGCACAUGGGAUCAGGAUGACGAAGUCUCGUCGAACCUUCAGAGCCCAGGAACCAUGCGGGGAGCCACAGAGUCCCCCACAUCUCCGCCACUAGGAAAAGCGACUCCCCCUACUUCUUCCGCUCCCCAUAUGUCUCCCCCUCUGCCUCCUCCAAUGUCUCCCCUUCCCCAUAUGACGAGUACGGCCGCUACUCCACUUCCUCCGCUCCCCCCGGCCCCCGCCAGAGACCCCGCUUCCGCCGCCCCCUCCGCCUGCUUCUCCCCUCUCAGGCCAUCGCGCCUAUGGGGAAAGCGAUUUCCGCCCAUUCCCCCUGGAGAAUGCUCCCCUUGGAGCUCCUCCGCAGGGCCCAGUUCCCCCCAGCGCAACUCCCCCCUUCCGCCUGGGCCUCCGCCCAUGACGCCUCCGCCACCUCCCCCAGGCGGAGUGCCUUUGGGGGAGCGAUUCGCAUCAGGCGGAAGCCAGAACGCACCUCCCCAGGUUCCGCCGCUUCCCCCUGGCCCCCCUCCUGCAACUCCCCCUCCCCCAGUUGCGCCUCCCCCAGGGUCACCCGCAGUGCACCCUCCCCCGGCAUCUCUGUCCUCUCUCUGCGCCCCUCCCGUUCUACCCUCUCUCCCUGCUGCCACCUCCGCUGCUGCUACAACAACCAGCGGUGCAUCCGGUUUCUACAGCCAGAGCAGCGUUUCCGGCUCUGACGCCGUCUGCUACAGCCAGAGCAGCGUUUCCGGGUCCAGUGGAUUUACUACUCUGUGGAAUGCGGGGUACUCGAGCGCUGGUGGAGAUGACUGUACGGAUAGUGCUAAUAGCGGGAGUAGGAAUGACGAGAGUGGGAGGCAGAGGAGUGCUGGGUACGAGGGGCGGGUUGACGCUUAUUAUGAUGCUGCUGCAAGUGGGGAGGGAGGGCUGCAGGGGAAGCAGAUGCAGCAGCAGUGGCAGCAGCAGGAGCAGCAGCAGCAGUAUCAUCAGACGUACCAGCCAGAAGGCCAGUAUGAGAAAUGGGACCAGAACGAGCAGAAGCAGCAGUGCUACCAGUACCAGCAAGGACGGGGGGAGCAGUACCAGCAACAGUACCAUGAGCGCGACCAGCACUUGCAGCAGCUGAGCCAGCAGAACCAGUACCAGUACCAGCAGCAGCAACAGCACCAGCAUGAGCACUAUCAUCAUAACAGCCAGUUUCAGGCGGUUGAGGAACAGACGCAGGACGAGCACAGUAACUAUGAGCAGAAGUGCGUUCAGUACGAGCAGAGUGAGGAAUACAAGAAAUGGCUGGCUUACCACCAGCAACGCCAGCAGCAGCAGCAGCAGCAACAUGAGCAGCACGAUUACUAUCAACAAGAGCGGACCGAGGGCUAUCAGAAAUGGAUGGCCUAUCACCAGCAGCGGCAGGCAUACCAUCAGGAGCAGCAGCAGAAACCGUAUCAGCAGGAGCAGCAACGGCAGCCAUACCAACGGGAGCAAUAUCAGCAACAACAGGAACAGCAGCUGUACCAGCAGCAGUCGAACACACAUGCAGCUCAUGCUGUAUCUGCAGUAACCCAUCAAGAUGUCACACAUACGUGUUACAAUCUACAGUACAACGUUUCAAGCAGGCUUCCUGUGGCUACCAGCAUCCCGGCUCUUAGUGCACCUGCUGUAACACAUCAGCAUAUUCAUGCACCUUACACUGAACCCACAGCUACUCAGGCACCGUACACUAUACCAACGGUUACAAGUGCCUCGCAUGUGGUAACCACGUGGUACCUCGUUGUGGACACAAACGUGUUUCUGGACGUGGCUGAGGUGGCAGCGCUCUAUAGGCUCAUUGCAUGGGGGCUCCGGAAUACAGACAGAGGGGUCGGGCACACAGAAGCACCCAGUGCAUGUCUUGCUGGUGGCACUGCUGCUUCGUCGAUCCUUGGUGCUGCUGCUGCACCUGCUGCCACUGUUGCUGCCGCUGCUGCUGCAGUUGCGGCGUCCAUCUCUGCUGCUGCGGCUGUGGGUGCGCCUGGGAGCAUCUGGACCGGGUUGUUGGGGAGUGUGGCGGAUAGCUUUCCCAGUAAUGAGAGGGUGGUGGUGGUGCUGCCACAGGCAGUCGUACGUGAGCUGGAUGGGAUAAAGGAGGACAAGGAGAGGGCCAGGGGUGUGUACGCCCGUCGAGCCCUCAGGCUGCUGAGGGACGCCUUGGCGAGCAAAGCCCCGUGGCUCAGAGCGCAAGGAGGCCAUGAGAGGGCGGAAGUGAGUGGCAGCAGCAGCAGCCAGAAGCUAUCUGCUGAUGAUGCUGUGCUGUCGUGCUGCCUCUACUACCAUCAGUUUGUGGCUCCUGGCGCUGUGGUGCUGCUCACUGGAGACAUUGCCCUGCAAGUCAAGGCUCUUAUGGAAGGAGUGUCUAUGGUCCACAAAGCAUCUGCCUUUGUUACUGAGCGUGUGGGUUCGGCACUAGCUGCUGCAAGAUGAUUCUGCGCAAGGAUGGACUUUUCUAGACCCACCCUGCUGUCAUGCUACCAUGUUCAUGGGUGAUUCUUUCUCACAAAGGAAUGCCAUCACAAAUUUACAUUAAGCAGGAGAUUUGUUGUAGUCUGUAUUUAUUCAGUUGCAUAUCUCCAAUUCACUCCCAUAGAGCCCGGUGACGAUUUGGCCGAGUUUACUGGUCCCCUUACGCAGUACUCCUCUAGCAGUCUCAGAGCUUUGUCCUGUUUCGCUCCGUUCCUUUCCCCUCAUCCCGCAGAGCAGGUUGACUCCUUUGCUUAGCGGUCUCUUCAAUAUAGCGUUUUUCAAGUUUCAGAUUCGUUGGGGUUGUCUGGAAAAUGGUGAAGCGACGGCGUGGAGGCGGAUGGGGAGGACUAGAACGCGUCAGCUCUUUGAAAGAGGUAUCACUUGUUUGAUCGUAUUUUCCCCUGGCUUUCGAGUGCGUUUUCUUGGAGUAACUUCGUUUUCUUUCAGAAGUUGCCACUUCCUCGCCAAGGGCCCGUACGAAACUUUAUCUCGUCACGGAAUGUGUCUGGAAUCGUCAAGCCGUCGUACAAUCUGGAUAGCGCAAACAAGGCAGUCGAACAAGGCACCACCUUUCGAUUUCAGAAGCGAAGCUUGGAGCAGCACACGCCACUGCGGAUGUCUAAGCGAGCAGAUAAAACACGUGAGGGAUGUCCUUCUUUACGAGACAAAGCCGAAAUCAAACACAACGAAUCUAGGUCAGAAGGCUGGUUGUUGAUCAUCUUCAGAUUCAAGUACUAAAGUAAUGUGCUGCAGGCUGCAUUCCAGGGAAAGAAAAAUUCAAUGCAUCACGCCUCGUAAGCGACCUUUCUUAAUUCCUGUCUCCGCUUGCAUCUGGUGUCACUGAAAAUAGUUUGUGUGACAUUACAGAAGCGAUCAUUACCUUGAAGAACUGCUAUGCUCCUCCUGGCUCCAAUUCUCGUGCUAACGACAAGCAGUGUAAGUUCCUUGCUGUUUUUCUUGCCGUUUUUUGUUUAACUUACAGGUUCUGAUCUGACUAGAUUUCAUUCCGAAGGUUCCAAAGAAGAGGACGAGUGGGACUGGGCAUUUGGCUGCGAGAAGCCGGAAGCACCUGCUACAAGUGAUGCAGGAGAUUUGGAGGAAAACGCAAUAUUGCUGGGUCACGCUCGCGACUGGAAGUCGUUCUCGUUUUCUCCGGUCAAAGAGAACUUGAAGGCAAUCGCCAAGAGAGUCAUGGACUUGGACGCCAUCUCAGCUCCAAAUGGUGGAGGGUAUGUCAGCGUCUUCCAGUCCAUUGAGCCUUUGCUGUUUGUUUAUAAAUCCUGUUUUUGUUGCAGCAAAGUAGUAGCUGAUAAACUUAUGAGCAAGCUCGAUAUAUCACCUUCUCCAGAACUCAUUGCUAUGCUUCCAACAGGCGGAAAGGUAUGACUGUUCAUGAUCAUUGUGCAGAGGAGUUUUCUCCAGAACAUGACUGACAGGUUUGGCCGCAGGUCUGUGAGGAAUUCAAUCCACGCUUAUUGGAUGGACCAUCGAGUCCAAGGAUACCUAUUGUGGAAAUAGACAUGGAGGAGUUUGGGGUCCAUGACUGGCUAUUUGGCUCCGGAGAAGCACAACGGGAUGUCUCUGAAAUCAUGUUUGGCAAUGUCAGAAGCAUUUGCGACGCAGAUGGCCCUAGUGGAGGUGAUUCAUUUCUUGGAGGGACAAGCUUGUUUGAGCGUGAAACUUCCAUGUUUGCUGACGGUUCUGAAGCCAUAGGCUCUUUUGACCCGGAUUCGCUUCUGGAAGCAUCGCUCGCUGGUAGCAGGCCUUCUACAGCAACAGCUCUUUCUCCGGAACCAUUUCCCCCCGGGCCAGAUUCAGUAGCCCCAUUCUGGAAUUGCAGCCCUUCAGCUACAGACAUAACGAUUGGUCUUCACGCAUAUGGCAGUCUAUCUACAAUCGGACUUUUUGGCGAUGUCGCUGGAAUGAAUGGAAACCCUUUCGCAAGUGCUGACACGAAUUGGAAGGGUGAUAAAGCAGAGGCUGACGAUAUCAUCUGGCAACAACAAUUUAAUCCCAGUCCCAGGCCCCAAGAUAGUAUGUUUGAUGCACCAUAUUGUCAAAACAUUAGUAGAUCUAGAGCUUGUAUAGACUGUAUAGGGUCACCUCUUAGAGAGUACAACCCUUAGAUAUGUAUGCUUGUACCCAUGUUCUCUAGUC